UUCACUCAUUCUGGUGUUAUUAUUAUCGUUACUCUUCACCUAAACAUCACAUGUCACUGAGCAUCCAUUGGUGAAGGAAUAUAAAACUAGUCUAGGGGAGAAAGAAGCAAAGCAAAGGGCAGCAAGAUAUUUACACAGAAGCAGAGACUGAGCCAGAUCUGAUGGAAAAGAUUACAGUAUCAGUGAUCUUGGGAGGUCUUCUGGUGAUGUUGGUGCAUCUCUACAAGCUUUUGAUAUUGAAGCCAAAACUUCUAAGAGGAAAGCUUGGAAGGCAAGGAAUAAGAGGACCUUCUCCUUCUUUCCUCUUUGGGAAUAUCCCUGAAAUGAAGAGAAGUCAACUGCAACUUCAUUCAACACCAACAACUGCCGCAGAGGGCAGCCUUGUCGCAGCAAUUGCUCAUGACUGGCCUUCCACCGUCUUUCCAUAUUUAGCGCAGUGGAGAAAUGAAUAUGGGCCAAUUUUCUUAUAUUCAACAGGAAACAUACAGCUACUAUGUAUAACAGACGCAGAGAUGGUGAAGGAAAUCAGUCUGUGCUCUUCUUUGAGCCUAGGUAAGCCUUCUUAUCUAUCCAAAGAUCUUGGGCCGCUGCUGGGCCAAGGCAUUCUGUCGUCAAGUGGCCCAAUUUGGGCCCACCAAAGGAAGACUAUUCUUCCUGAAUUGUUCAUUGAUAAGGUUAAGGGUAUGGUGAAUCUGAUGCUAGACUCAACAACCUCAAUGCUACGAACUUGGGAGAGUAGAGUUGAAAAUGAGGGAGGAGUAGUGGACAUUAAAAUCGAUGAAGAUUUGAGAAGCUUAUCUGCUGAUAUUUUAUCAAGAGCCUGUUUUGGAAGUGACUAUGCCAAAGGGGAAGAAAUAUUCUUAAAACUCGAAACUCUUCAAAGAAUCAUGUCCAAGAAAAAUGUGGGAAUUCCCGGCUUUAGAUUCUUGCCGAGCAAACAUAAUAGAGCUAUAUGGAAAAUCGAAAAAGAUAUCAACUCAAUGAUAUUAAAGGUGGUAAAACAGCGCAUUGAAGCAUCCUAUGAGAAGGAUCUUUUACAAAUGAUUCUUGAGGGUGCCAAAAAUUAUAAUGACUCUGAUGGCCUAUCAACAAAAUUUUCUCGGGACACGUUCAUGGUGGAUAAUUGCAAAAACAUCUACUUUGCUGGCCAAGAGACCACUUCCAUCACGGCAUCAUGGUGCUUGAUGCUACUGGCUGCACAUCCGGACUGGCAAGCUCGUGCUCGUGCUGAGGUGCUUGAAAUAUGUGAGGAUAGGGUGCUGGAUGCCAACAUGCUCCGAAACAUGAAAACGUUGACAAUGGUGAUCCAUGAAACGCUGCGUCUUUUUCCACCGGCAGCUUUUGUAGUAAGAGCGGCCUUGGAAGACAUCACAUUCAAAGACAUUACAAUCCCAAAAGGUAUAAACUUCCAGAUUCCGGUAGCAAUAUUACAUCGACGAUAUGAUCUGUGGGGGCCCGAUGCACACAAAUUCAAUCCUGAAAGAUUUUCCAAUGGCAUUGUUGGCGCUUGCAAGACUCCACAUGCUUAUAUGCCAUUUGGGGUAGGCUCUCGCGUCUGUGUUGGCCAACACUUUGCCAUGACAGAAUUGAAGGUGAUUUUAUCACUCAUUCUAUCCAAGUUUUGCUUGUCACUGUCGCCUGCAUAUCUCCACUCCCCUACAUUUAGGUUACUUAUUUUACCUGAACAUGGAGUUAUCAUCCGUCUGAGGAAACUUUGACAUUUCGUCGCUUUGGGAAAGGCUUUAUUAGAAUGAAGAAAAAUUUGAGUGAGGAGAAAAACUUUGACACAAAUUUGAGGGCUUCUUGUGAUGCUUGAGAUGCCUUUCAAAACAUGUUUUUUCACAAACUCUAAUUUCAUCUUUAAGGCAUUUAUGCAAUGUUUUAGUAACUUCAUCUAGUUUAGAUGAGUGCAGAUACAAGAAGGGUAGUGGGGAGGGACCAAAAGAGGUAGGAACAUGGCUGUUAGUUUAAAUUUUAUCAAGUCUAGAGAAGUGACGAUGCAUGAUGGAAGGUGACAAGGGACGGAAGGAAAUAUGUGCAAAGUCAUUAGCUUGCACUUUUAAGAGAAUAUGGAUAAGUAACUCCAUCAUCACUACAAUAAGUUUUUCAAUACAUUUACAGGCUAUGAGUUUUCUUCCACUUUAGAAACAUUUUAUUUUAAUGUAUAAUAAAAAAAGAUGAUUAUGGUUGAGCAUU